AUUUCGAAUCAAGUAUUGGUCACCGACUAUAGGCCGAUACAGCCACCGACGUUCUACGUGUGUUCAACCUGAAGCACGCAGCCACCAAUAAACCUGUACAACUCGGUGGCUCCGGCCAGGCUGAAGAUCGCGUUGCCUCUUACAGCCUAGUCGACAUAACUUUACUACCUUAGCUGCGCCCCGCUCUGACUGUACAUACCCAGAGGUUGCGACUGAUCGGGGGCUGAACGGACCUCAAGCCUCUACCUCUCAUACACUUUACGGCCCACCCAAUUCGUGACCAGGUGCGAGAAUUUGGCUGCUGAUAAGCUGCGACGAAGUACGAACAUCUGGCCUCUCAUGGACGACACGACAGCAGGCGCAACACCGCUGAGUGACUCUGGUGUGCAGACUUUCUUCCUCCCAGGCUGGGACACCGCAAUUCCGGUGAACCACGAUUCCGGCAUUACCCAGGCUCAAAUCCUAAAUUUCAAGGGCUUCGACACCUGGCAAAAGACUCUCAAAUCUUCUUUGAAGCGCCAGAAGUUUAGCGACCACGAAUUCAACGCGGACCCCUACGAGCUCAAAGCCAUCGAAAUCCAGUCUUACGACCUCGUCGGCUCUUCAAACUACAAACGCCCCCUCUUCAUCAAGCUCAAAGCUAGAGUCGAAAACGCCAGAGGCGAGGAUAUUCCAGCGGUGGUAUUUCUUCGUGGUGGUAGUGUCGCCGUGCUCAUUAUUGUCCGGCCUACGGAUUCUCUCGACGAGCGCUAUGUCAUCAUGACCGAGCAGGCGCGUAUCCCCGCCGGCAGCCUGAGCUUCAUGGAAAUCCCGGCGGGCAUGAUCGACCCCAAGGACGACAGCUUCGGCGGUACAGCCGCGCGCGAGCUCGAAGAGGAAGUCGGACUCAAACUCAAAGAGGAGGACCUGAUCAACAUGACGGAGCUCGCGCUCAAGGGCCACGAGACGGAGGAGCCGCUGCAGAACGCAAUGUACCCGAGCCCCGGGGGCUGCGAUGAGUUCAUCAGUAUCUAUCUGUGGGAGCGGGAGAUGGAUCGCAUGCAGAUUGAUGGGCUGAGGGGGAAGUUGGGCGGCGAGAGGAGCGAGAGGGAGCAUAUUCGAAUUCGUCUGCUGAAUUAUGAGAAGUUGCUGCAGGUGGGGGCCAGGGAUGGGAAGACGCUUGCGGCGUGGAGUCUGUAUGAGUAUCUGAAGAGGACGAGACAGAUAAAGUAGAGGUGAACAGAAUGUUGGUUGAUGUUGAAAGAGAGGGGACAAGGAGUAGCGAAUACGAGAUGCUGCGAGUCAUUCAGGUGCAAUAUCUCAAUGCAAGUCGAGUAUGACGCAACUUCUCGAUAAUCCCGAGAUUGUUUAGCGGAGAUAUUGGAGGCAGUGAUGCAAUGGUAAAUAAGUACAUGGUAUGACUAAAGCAACGCUGACAUAAUGCAUG